AUGUCGAAGCGGACCACCUUCACCACAAUCAGCGUUCUCCCUCCGGGUAUUACUCGUGAAGUUGUCAUCGACUUCUUACACAACCAUGAGGAGAUGAUUGAUCUGAACCCCUUGGUUAAAGAGCGACAUCGGAUCAACCCGCCCCCUCAUGCAACGCCGGAUGAGUUCCAUUGCGUCUGGUACUCCCUUACUGACAAGAUCUCUUACCUGCCCGGUGGGUUGGCAAACGGAGAUGUCACUUACACAUGCGCCUUCCACGACCUGCCGAAUGGCAUUCAAACCCAUUGCUAUGCUCCGGCCGGCUUAAAUAUACGUGGCAAGUGGACCCUCAAUGGCUCCCUUCCAGGGGAGCCCAUUGAGCCUGUCGAGAUUGGCAUUGGCGCCCCUCUUACCGGCCUUUACAUCCGUGAGGACGUUGACAUGAGAUGCAACGUGAUAAUGGCCAGCUUUGUCAAGAAGACGCUGAAGAAGUCUCAUGCGGCCCUCGUUGAGCGACUCAAGGCCAAGGCGCAAAUGGCAACGGCUUCCAACUCCAGCUCCCGCUUGAGUGGGCCGCCUUCUUCAUCCUCCAACUCUACUCACAGCGGCAACACCACACUCCAAAGCCGGCAAUCACAACAUCCAGGGGGUUCGCCUCCCGGCCCGGUCGGCAAUUUCUACCGCCAGCAGGUCCACCGCCCUCAAUCUCAGUCUCAAAAACUCCCUGAGGAAAGCCCCUAUGGAUCUCCACCCCUCGCCAGAAACCCACCCCCGCCUUUCGCCGACCCUCAGGCUGACACAUCUAAUCCAACCCUGUACCCGGACCCGCUCCGUCUCCUACGCCAGGACUCGGUAACAUCGGUGUACCCGGAUGCAAACGGCCCCGCCACGUGGCAAACGCUGAAGUCGGGGCCUAGUGUGAAAUACAGAGAGGGAGACCCCAACUACCCGCAGAUGAACCCUUAUACCCCAGACGGUGAGGCGCACCGCUUAGGAACAGCCGCGCCAGCACCAGCGCUCGUACCGGCACCGAUGGGGGGUACGCUGAACGGGCCAUUCCUCGCGGAAUUGGAGUGA